CGGCAUUGCCCAAGGCCUUUAUAGGUCCAUCCCGGAAGCCAUUUCUUUGGAGAACACUGCGAGGGGAAGAGUUCCGCUUGACUGAGGAUAUUGCAAUCAUGGGGUUGCGAUCUAUUCUGCGAUCCUGCCAGCGCCGUGAUGGACCCCGUAGGGACCGGCACGUUACCGACGAUGACGGUAUCCCGACGAGGGGGCGUACGAGACAGAGGGCUGCCAGCCCGGUGCCCUCCCCUGCUGCUUUCAUGCAACUUGCUAUGAAUGCUAACGACUUGGGAUCGGUGCCGCGCAGCGAAUUGAAUAGGACAGACAAGCAUCAACAGCGUUCUCAGUCCCGUGCUGAGCCGUCCUCGUCGCAACAUGGCGGCGCGCAACCUUCUUCGUGUGGUGACAACAGACGGCCGACGACGCAGGGAUCGGAAGAGGGUGGCGCGUGGACGCCUGGGAGGCAGGCGACGAAGACGCAGGGCGAGACCACGAUGGAGAACCCGCUCACCAGGCAGCGCUCAACAAGCACGCGGCACGUUGAAUCAACGACGGGAUCUCAGGCCUCUAUGAGCAGACAGUCUACGAGGGCGAGCUCUGGUCUUUCGCCACAUAACGUCAACGCCCUCACUAACCCGUCUAUGAAGACGGGAGACUCGCCAUCUUCCUCGGUGCAUCAUGGCAACACCCGUCCAUCCCGCACCACGUCGGUCUCGUCGUCUUCCUCGCCGCUCCUGCGCCGCAUCCCCGGCUCCUCCACACCCAUGACGCGCGCGCAGGUCCGCGAAGUCAUCGCCACCAUCGGACAGCUCUUCCCGCACAUGCCGUACGCCGUGUGCGGCCACUCCGCCAUGAUGUGGUACGGCGACACCCCGCUGCAGCGUCCCUCGCACAUCUCCCUCGUGUGCCUGCCCGACUCGCUCGCGCCGAUGCUGCGCUGGGCCGUCGCCAAGGGCCUCGCCCUCUGCGACCGGUGGCCUGGCCGAGAAGACGGCGGCGGUGCUACCGCAUUCUGCGUGCCCACGGCCGCCGACGGCGUGCCCCGUGCCGUCCGCGUGCACGCCGACGAGGGGCUCUUCACCACGCUGCGCGCCAUCUCGGCGCCCAAGACCAACGGCGCGCGCGUGCUCACGCUGCCGUCCGUGGCGGACGCGGUGGCGGGCGACUACAUCCGCGCCCUGGCAGGGGACGACUGCCGCGGCAUCGUGGUCCACGCGAGGGACGUCUUCUGGCUGCUGCGCAAGAUGGCCCAGCUGCGGCCCAAGGACGGGCGGCAGGCGCUGACGGCGGAGACAGCGCCGACGUUUGCGAGCGUGCGCUUCCUCCAGCCCUUUACGGCGUCGCACGUCUACUCGGUCGACCUGAUAUACAGGGCCGGGCUGAACCUCUCGCGCAUACCGGGCCUGGAGCUGCCGCCGGUGCGCGUCCGCGCGAGCCUCGUCGAGGGGACAUGCGAACCGUCUUCGGGCGACGCCGGCGAGAGCAAGGUCAUCAGCAGCAGCGCCAGCGAAAGCACGCCGACAAGACGGGAAAGUCGCAUCGCGCCCCGGACAGCAGCCACCACCAGCAGCAGCAACGUGGGGGGAAGACGGCAACGACAGCUACGACGCACGCCCCGAAGUCGCGUUUUGGCCGGUGGCGGCGAAGAAAGCAGCCGCGCCGCGACCACAACCACAGCGGCAGCGGCAGCGUCGUCAACGCGGGCGGCUCGCUCAAGGGCGCCGCCGCCGCCGCCGCCACGCGCCAGCAGGGUGAAGCGCGGGCAUCUCGUCCGCCACUACGACUCGUCCACGUUGGCCACUUUCUCCGCGCGGUAGGCCGCUUCGUCUUCAUGGGCGAGAUCCACGAGCUCAAGACACGGUUGCGUGCCCUGGAUGCCCUCCCCAGGCAGCGACCCUUUGCACCGUCGCCGCCGUCGCCCGUCACCCCCCGACAGGGAGAAGGAGAAGAUCUCAAUGUUACUGUGCUGCCUGUCGAGAAUGUCGACACUCUCCCAACCCAGCCUCUCAAGCCCAUCAUCAUCUCCCCGCAGGAGGACACUCAGCCUCCUCCCGCGUGCAAACCUUCCCCCCCAGGCACCAAGCCCGCCAACAGGCGCGUCCACUUCGACCUCGCCGCGCUGGCACGCCUCCCCUCCCAGCGACAGCAGGGAACGAGCGCCUACGCCCGGAGCCCACCGCCGCCCCCUCCCCCCAACCCCCCUUCCCAUUCUCUCUUUCACACUCUCCUGUUCGCAAUCGCCCC